CGUGCGUUGAUUAACUUGUUGCAUACGCGUCCUGGAGAAAGGCGGAAAAGCGGGAAAACCUCUUGCCCCACCCCCACAACCCUCAACCUUGACAUUUUCGGACCUCCAAAGUGAUAUAUGUAUUUGGUCUAUUUUGAGUGCUUCUGAGUGGACAUGUGGGAUUAAAAAGCUGUAAUUUAUCACCUUAUCAGAGAAGACGAAUACCCAUCGCGGUUUCUUUCUGCCAGUGUGUGUGAGCCAUAAUUAUUGGCGUUCUGUGGGUGAACUUGCGGCUGACUGAGUGGGUAGGUCGGUGGUGGAGUAGAGUGGUUUCAAAGGUGGCCAAGAAUGCGGAGGUCGGGCGGCAAUAGAUGGUGAUGACACUGAGAAAGACGCCCCCACAAGAAACACAAGAAACGGGCGACAAGCACACACACGUGUUAUCGCUAAUCGAUGGCCGGCCAUCAAGAACGCUAAGCAAAUAAGCAACAGGAGCCGCUUGGGGUUGACCCACGCCUCGAAGGCCCCAACAAGUCCGAGAAUCACAACAGCCGAGACCCCCAAGACGUCGCCGUCUCUGCCGCAGUCGACGUCGCAGUCGGCGCCCACGCAACGCGCGGCUAGAAAAUAAAUAAACAGCGUUAGUUGCCGUCGGCGAUUCCUGUGGAGCGGAGUCCCGAGCGCUGAGUGCUUUUCCCCCACCCACUCGUGAAAUGCUGGCCGCCCAGGAGAACCGCUUCCAGCAUGUGUACUUCGCACUUUCUGGUCUCGUGGCGAGCGCCAUUCUCGUCCUGGUCUACAUCUCCAUGCGCUCGAGCCUUAACGAGCGACUGCGCGAGGAUCUGGCCAAAACACAGCGACAGCUGAUUUUCGAGAGACCCAAUCCGCACUGGGACUACAGCAACAGUUGGCGCAGCAUAGGAAACACCUCUCUCAGGCACGAGAUUUACUCGGCUUACUUCGAUGCCAGGACGGAUAUCAUAGGAAAUGUCCGCCUGGAUGAGGAGCAGAUGACCAUUGGGUCGCUGCGAAUCUUCGCCAUUCUCCCAGAGCGCCUGCGCGACUCCACGGUGAGUUGCAUCGUGCGAUUCUCCGACUUCACGAGUCAGGAGAUUGUUGCCGAAGAAGCUGGGGCCAUGCACGAUGUUCACAACAACACCUUUGCGGCGUGGAGCAUAAUGUGUCCACUGCACGCCUCCCGCCGCGCCCCCAUGCGAUUGCCACAGGCUGUGGCAUUGGCCUACGCCUCCAACAGACUCAGCCACCUUAGUCCCACCUUUAUCCAGAUUAGUUAUCCUCGCAACAUGACUAGUCUAUUUACCCGAUCCCGUCCAACGAUCUCAGUGUGCGUGGGUCCCCUGCAGGAGAACUACUCGAAUGUCCUCCGUUUGGUGGAGUUCGUGGAGAUGUACCGCCUCCAGGGAGCCACUCACUUCUACUUCUACUACGUGGAUGCCAGUGAGGAAGUGCGUCGGGUGCUGGACCACUACCAAAAGAUUGGCUUAGCCGACGUCUUCGAGUGGAAUGUCCAGUCGCACCUGCAGGAUCUCCACUACGCGGGAAUAGUUGCCCAGUUCAACGAUUGCGUUUAUAGAGCAAAUGUGGUGGACAACUAUCGAUAUGCGGCGGUUGUGGAUCUGGACGAGGUGGUGAUGCCACUGAAGCACAAUUCCCUGGCGGAUUAUCUGCGUCAGUGCGAUGAAGGUCGCACGGCGGGCUUCGUCUUCCGGAAUGUGUUCUUCCACCGAAGGGACAGCAAUGACACCUUUAAUGCACCCGCACAUGUGCUGAACAGAUUGCUUUACACCCAAUCGAAGGUGAGGAGAACUUUGGAGGUCCUGCCUGCUUACAUAAGGAGCAAGGUGGUGGUGAAUGCCAGGGCCAUUGUGGAGAUGGGAAACCACCAGGUUUACCGCGCUGCUCCUGGAUAUGCGGAUCAUGUGGUUCACCCAACGGUGGGUUUACUGUUCCACUAUCGUGACAAGUGCAUCAACUGCAAGAUGGUGCUGAUUGUGGACUACACGGCCAGGAGAUUUGGAUCGCUGCUCUUCGACCGCGUGGACAACACGUGUUUGGAGGUCUUCCUCAACCGCGGCAUCUGCGAUCUGGUGUAGAACGCCCCGAGUCUGCGUUUCGAUCUCCGACAGACGCCCCCUAAAAAACCAAAACCAGAGAUCUCGCGGGUCAGUUGAUUCCGUGGCCCCAGCCCGUCGACAUGCUGAAGUUCUGCUCGCUGCGAAGGGGCAAGGAGCCCUCGAUUGGGGCUAACAAAGUGGCCAAGAGUGUACGACAAAUUAGAAUAAGUUCUAGCUGUUCGCAUCUAAGUGUUAUGCCGUAAUAAAGCGCGCUUUAAGUGAUUUGUGAUGUAA